UGCAAGAAAACACAACAUGAAGAUGGAGUGGACGAAACUAAAAGCUCCGUGACAUAACCACAAGCGAAUCAAGCGAUGUCGACCGAGGAUCCUAACGACACAAUACAUUCGUCAGUUUAGUUCCUACACGGGUUUUCACAUUUGGCACUGACAAUGGAUUCUGCUUUGUUCCCUGAGGACAUCACUGAACAGAAGAAGAUCCGCAUCGUCGGAUCGGAGCUUGUGGAGAACUACACUGUCUACAUCAUUGAAGUGACAGUUGGGGAUCACCAGUGGACAAUAAAGCAUCGCUACAGUGAUUUCCAUGAUCUCCACGAAAAGCUCACUGCAGAAAAUAAAAUUGACAAAAAUCUACUACCACCCAAGAAGAUGAUCGGCAAGAAUUCCAAAAGCUUGGUGGAGAAACGACAAAAGGAACUAGAGGUCUACCUCCAAACGCUCCUUGUGAAAUUCCCUUUGGCUGCUCCCAAAGUCUUAUCCUGUUUUCUGCAUUUUCAUUUAUACGAAAUCAAUGGGAUAACAGCUGCACUGGCAGAGGAACUGUUUCAUAAAGGAGAGCAGCUCCUGCUUGUGGGGGAAGUGUACCUGCUGCGGCCCCUGCAGCUGUACGCUAUCACCCAGCAGCUGAAGCUCGCCAAGCCCACCUGCGCAAAUGGAGACGCCAAGGCAGACCUCGGACACAUUCUGGACUUCACCUGUCGACUGAAAUAUCUAAAGAUACCAGGCACACGGGGAGUGGUUGGCACCAGCAACAUUCAGGAACACCUUCUCUCGUUUGACUUGUCAGUCUUCAAAUCCCUCCUGCAGAUCGAGAUCAGCCAGUGUGAGUCCAAACGGGUCGUAGGGCUUCCCUCUUUACGAACAUCUCUGGCCACAAUGAGCGUCCACUAUUCGGCGGAGUCGAUGAAGGACAUCCUGGUUCCCGAAUCUGCUGAGUUCGCCCAGUGGGAAGCAGAGGGCGUGGCCACUGACUGCCCUGUCACUGCCAUCAUUCCUACAUGGGGAACACUGACCACCCUGGACAUGAGCCACAAUCACAUAAACUGCAUUGAUGAGUCAGUGAAAUUAAUACCAAAAGUAGAAUUCCUAGACCUAAGUUACAAUGAACUUUCUCGAGUGGAAAACUUGCAGCAUCUGUAUAAUCUGAUUCACUUGGACCUGUCCUACAAUAAGCUCACUGUGCUAGAGGGAGUUCAUACAAAGCUUGGGAACAUCAAAACCCUCAACUUGGCUGGGAAUCAGCUGGAAAGUCUCUCUGGUCUUAAUAAACUUUACUCCCUUGUAAAUUUGGACUUGAGCAACAACAAACUAUCACAGUUUGAGGAGAUUAAGCACAUCGGGAUGCUGCCGUGCUUGGAAAAGCUCUCCCUCACCAAGAACCCGCUGAGCAUCAUCCCGGACUACAGGCGGAAGGUUCUGGCACAGUUCUGGGACCGGGCGUCAGAGGUUUGCCUGGACUGUACCGCAACAACCGAAAAGGAGCUGGACACGGUGGAGGUGCUGAAAGCCAUACAGAAAGCCAAAGAAGCCAAGGAUAGAAUGGCAAACAGUGAAGUGAAGAAGAUCUGUGAGGACUCCAGGCCCUCAGGUGGUGGAUCCCCCUCACCUUCCUCCUCUCUUGCUGCUCCGCCCUCCUCUCCCCCCCUGUCCCGCCCGCCCAGCUCCAGCCAAGAAGUAAUAUGUAUAGAAGAAGCCUUAGUUACCAGUAAACUGCUUACUCCUGUGGAUUCUGCAAUUACCCAGAGGUGCUACAAUUUACAAAAUACUACUUGUGAGGAAACAUUACAGAUUCAGACACAACCACUUGCUUCCUGUUUGUCCCGGAAAAUCAGCAGUGAUCAGCAGAUGAGCUGCUGUUGCCGUGCGGAGGACCGCAUCACCUGGGCGGACUCCGGGGCGGCCCCCGUGCUGCCCUUCUCCCUGGCGGCCUACACCGCGGGCAACCUGGACUUCCUGGCGCAGCUGGCCGCGCUGGUGACCCGCACGGCGCUGGAGGCCGAGGGGCCCGGGGCCCCGCAGCGGGGCCAGACGCAGCGCGACGGCGGGAAGGAGGAGGAGGAGGAGCGCGGCAGCCAGAGCUCGGGCGACGGGUACUUCGAGAUGGGCCUGUCCCAGGGCGAGGAGGGCGAGGUGUGCUCCGCGUCCUCGGAGGACGGGGACGGCGGGCCGGAGCUGCUCCGCGUGUCCAGGGUGGUGUGGGCGCACUGCGUGCGCGUGGGGAAGGGCGUGGCGCAGGCGCCCGUGUGCGUGGCCCUGACGGACGGCGUGCUGGCGGCGUACCGCGUGGCGGGCGGGGCGCUGCCCGUGAGCGCGCGGGACCUGGCCGGCCGUCUGGAGAGCGAGCUGCUGGCGCCCUACGGCGAGCUGGAGGACGUGCGCGCGGACGUGCCCGAGCUGUGCCUGUCGCUCAGGCUGCGCGCCGGCGCCACGCGCUGGUACUUCCUCACGGACGCGCAGAGCCUCAGCGACAUGCGCUCCUGCCUCUCCGCCUCCGCGCACGGCUCCCCGGCCACGCCCCAGCAGCUCCUCCGCCAGCUGCUGCCCUCCUGGGAGUGCGAGGAGAGCGACUGCGCGGUCAAAGGGGCCUUCUCCGCCCACCUCCUGGACCCCGCCGCGACGGACUCCGUCUCCCAGCGUGCCCCGGGCUCGCCGCGCCCGGACAUCCUGUCGCACGUCAGCGCGGCGGAGACGGAGGGCGGCCCGCCCCGCUGCCUGCCCUGCUUCCUGUUCCUCACGCUGCGCCACCUCUGCGUCCUGAAGCUGGACUUCUCCGCGCCGGCCGGGCCCCCGGAGGGCCCGCGCGGGACGAGGCCCGGGGCCAGGCUGACCCGCGUGCCCCUGGCGGCCGUGCUCCCCAGGCCCCAGCGGGGCUGCCCCGCCUCGCCGCCCGGACACUGGCUCCGCGACGGACACGCCCUGGAGCUGAUGGUGGGCCACGAGCUGGUCACGGCCGUCUUCCCUCUCCCGCACGACAAGUUCCUGUUCCUGAGCCUGCUGGGCCAGCUCCGCUCCUGCCUGAGGGACAUCAAGACCGUGGCCUUCCUGCAGGCCGGACCCUGCCGCAGGAAGACAAACGGCCACCAGAGGGAGCCGCUGAGCAGUGCUCCUCAGGGACCGCAGAGGCCGCAUUUAACCCUGUCCCUGCUGUACCCCGCUGACCCCCUGAUCCAGAAGCUGUCCGAGGAGAACCAGUGCCCGGCUCACCUGUCCGUCUCCCCCUCCCUGCUCUUCCUCUCUGGCCUCAGGGGGAAGGAGCUGGUGGAGUUCUUCUACAACACUAUCGCAGAGGUGGAGAACGAGGAGCUGAGGCACAUCCUCUGGUCCUCCGUGCUCUUCUACAAGUCUCCCGACGUGGAGCUGACGGCCUGCAUCAUGCUCUCCACCAAAGCGCUGUACUUCAUCCUGGACGACACCGCGUCCACGCUCAGCGACCAGGCUUUGCUGUGGAACUGGAACCCUUCGAAUUACGAGGAGACGGACUUCAUCAUUUCCUACUGCUUUGCCAUGAAACUGAACGAGCUGCAGAGUGUCAACGUUGGGCUGUUUGACCAGUACUUCAGAGUGGUCGGUCCGUCAGCAGAUCAUAUCAUCUCCUGUCUGACCCGGGACAGCUAUGGGACGCACCAUUUCCUGCAGCAGCUGAUGACCGUGCUGUCCUUCCUGGAGAAGCUGCCCUCGCCUGAGCCCUCCGAGCCAGACUUCUACUCCCAGUUCGGCAACAAGAGCACAGGUAAAAUGGAGAACUACGAGCUGGUCCACUCCAGCAAGGUGAAGUUCGUGUACCCCAGCGAGGAGGAGAUCGGGGACCUGACCUUCAUCGUGGCGGAGAGGAAGGGCGCGCCGGGCCACUCGCUCUCCUGCAACAUCCUGUUCUACGUGCUGGCCUUCCAGGUGCAGAGCGGGCUGGCGCCGGUCGCCGCGGAAACCCGGCAGCAGCGGCAGCAGCAGCAGCUCCUGCAGCCCCGGACGCUCAUCCUCACCAGCUCCGACGUCUUCCUCCUGGAGGAGGACUACAUCAGCUACCCGCUGCCCGCCUUCGCCAAGGAGCCGCCGCAGCGCGACAAGUACCGGCUGACGGACGCGCGGCGCAUCCGCGACCUGGACCGGGUGCUCCUGGGGUACCAGACCUACCCGCAGGCGCUCACGCUGGUGUUCGACGACGUGCCGGGCCCCGACCUCCUCUGCCACCUCACCAUGGACCACUUCGCCGACGAGCGGGGCGGGGGCGGGGCCGGGGGCGGGGCGCGGGGCGGGGACCAGGGCGAGGUGCAGUGGUGCGUGUUCGUCCCCGGCGCGGACAGCAGGGAGCGGCUGAUCUCGCUCCUGGCUCGCCAGUGGGAGGCGCUGUGUAGCCGGGAGCUGCCGGUGGAGCUGACCGGCUGAGAGGCUACGCGCGCGCGGAUGAACACGGACACGACACGGACGCCGCGCGGAUGAACACGGAUGAACACGGACACGACACGGACGCCGCGCGGAUGAACACGGACACGACACGGACGCCGCGCGUUACGCGAUAGGACAGCGAGGCAAAACAAACCGGGCUUCUCGUGCCCAAAACCGCUUCUCAAGAGACUCCCGCAUUUUUUUUAAUGUGACAUUUCCUCACAGUGCAUCCUGGGAUUUAUUAUAAUUUUUUUUUCUAAACAAAGAAUCCACAAGAGUUUGAUAUUUAUUGCUGUCUUCGGCUUCUUCGAAUAGCUUGCUGCUUCUUACCCGCGUGAUAUAUCGUUGUGUACAAUCUGCAAUAUGUAAAUUAUUCCAAGAGAGCAUGUUUUGUCCAUGUGUGUUACAUUGUGUUUUCUGUAGACCAGCAUUAUUUUAGUCUGAAUGGAGUACAGUUAUCUAUAUUUUGACUCAAGGAAGGUUGGCUGUCUCAACUCUUUUUUUUUUUUACUUUUUAUGUUUUUUGUUUUUUUUUAAGGUAAAAAACAUCCAUGUUUGAAUGUCUUUAUUGGAACUUUUACUUUGUAUUUUAUUUCACCAAGUUUUCAGCUCAUCUCUGCAUACAUACAUCUCUAAAUGUAUGAAAACUACCCAAGCAAGCACGUUUUCACGCGUUUACACAAAGGAGUAGAUGGUUAUAUUUUCGGUCAGUGGUUCUGAAGACGAUGCAUCCUUGGCAAUCGCUGAAUUAAUAAGGAAUUUAACAUGCCUUUUUUUUUUUUUGUUCUUUUUUUAUUGUCGAUAAAUAAAGCCUAAUCUACACUCAAGAACACCCCUGACAGGACAAGUGAAAACGGUCUGCGUGACUUCAGCCAUGGAGCAGCCGAGCUGGGGUCUGUGCUACUCGUCCUGGGGUUGUUUGGGGCGCUUAUGUCUGUCAGGGUUUAACGGACAGGUCAAAAGGGGUAUUUGCACACCGCUUCUGCUCACAGUUUGUAUAUAUAAAUUGAGAUUGGGGGUGGGGAACUAAAGUUAUCAUGAGGAUUUGACUGUCAAAUAGAUCUUUCCAGUUAAGGGAACUGAGAAUGGUGGGGGGUUGGGGGUUUGAUUGUAGAUAAUUUGAGAAACCAGCUUGCAGUAUUAUUUGGCGCUGACCUUGCCAGUUGCCACUUCCUGUUUUUCCCCCCCGUCGCUGGUGAGGAAGUCGGGGAGAAGGAACCCGCACACGUCCACCUCUCACCGGGACUGCCUGAGCUGGCCGCUCCCAGGGAACGCCUGGAGGUCUCUCAGUCCUCUCACCCACCAGCAGCGGGGCUGAGUCAAAAGCUGAAAAAAAAAGCUUGCGUUUCCCCUUGCCGAAAAACCAACUUAACUUAUUUAGAUUACUUUAAACACGACGUUACACAUUUUUAGUAGUCCUUGUAGCAUACGUCGGGUUCUGAAGAUAAAAGUUUGAAGUAAAAAAAAAUGUAUGCCUAUUUUAUGUCCGAUGUACCAGAGACCACCAAGCAAUGGCCGCGAAAGAAUUCUGAUUCGGAAGAAAUGCCAAGCCGUGAUUAUCGGCCCAUGCCUCUAUCUCCUUGGCUUGCCAGGUGAGGCUUUUCCAAGGAGGGAGUUUGCGGAGGUACUGCCAGUUCUCAAAGAGUGGCGACCACCACCCUGAUACCAACCAGCCAAUGCAAUGUGUCCUGCUCCAAGACAGUGGGGUUGCAGGUGAACUUGGGAACACCAAGAACUGAAAGCAGUAUAUCGUUCAUCAGUAUAUAUGAUUCAGGCCAGAUUCAUGCUUCUCAUUGGUAUAGCGUAUUAUCUUAACCUUAUCGUUGUUAUCAUGGAACACUAUCUUAAGCUCCUCAUCUCACAUCCAUCUACUGGACGGUCGGUCCUCUAUUGGCAUAGAUCUUGGGAGCAUCGCUUUCAAAUCCGUUCUCAACCAAUGCGAGUGGGAAUUCCAGAAGUGCAGUGGUGAAUUCAUAUGUAUAAUUGUAAUGGCAGUUAUUUUAUAAUAUUGCUGGGUGUCAUGCAGAAAUAUUGUACGUCCAUUUCUUGUCAUGUGGAGUUUUUUCACCCAUGUACUGUACAUGUCGACAACUAAUAAAGUUGGUGCAAAACUGAAAA